AUGCAGCGACAUCUCGCAUUCUGGUUUGACGACGGCUCGUUGCUUGUCCCCACUUCCUCUUACAUUUGCAAAAUUCAUGAGCCACUCCUCACACGCCAUUCUCCAACCUGCUCCUCAUGGAUCGUCGUUGCUUCCAGCUCACAGUUCAGCCAUCUCUCUAAUCAUGCCGAAUUGUCUAUUCCGGUUCUCAACAUACCACACGAUGCCGGCGUGACACCAGAGGACUUUGAGGUCCUCUUAGAACAUCUUUAUCACGACACCCCUCUCAAUCACUCGACCCAAUACUCCCGCCUUGCUUCUCUUCUGCGGAUAUCUUCUCCGAAGCAACUACAUAUCCCAUCGUUGUACUCACAAGUGUGCGCAUACCUUGCCUUGAUGUUCCCUGGUGGAUAUGCACCUUUCGCACUUCGACAUCCUCAAGAACAUCUCAUGCAGGCGCUGGAGCUUGCCAUGGAAUUAGCUAUCGAUCUGCCCAAGACAAAAAAAGCGAUCCUCUACAGCGUAGCAGCGACGACCGACUUCGAUCCCACCGGCGCGCACGAUCCGGCAGGCCUACAGCUAUCCGAUCCCACGAAAAUCUCGUCCACAGAACCCCAUCUCUCCCUCCGGACGCUCCGGAUUUGUCAUCACCUCCUCUCAUCCAUUAUCUCCGACUUCACACCACUUCUCUUCACUGUCGGCUCCACAUCCCAUAUGGAAUGCACUGAUGUCCUCGCAGAUCGAUGGAUGUCUGUCGUCAUAUCUCCCGCACUUGCUGAUGGUGGGGUCGGGAAGCCUCUGGAGACGUUGUACAGGAUGUCCGAGUGGAAUUGGAAGGAAGAGGGGAUCUGUGAUAGCUGCAUUCAGGGCAAGAAAGAUGAGUGGGAGAUAGAAGCGCGGGCCGUUUGGGAAAAAAUGGACGGAUGGAUCGCUGCGGCCGAGAACGAAUUUACUUCCGGCGCAGCUUGA